AUGCUCCAUCGUUAUCUCCUACUUCUUCUCCUUCUUGGACCCGUCAUAGACACUCUCAAGAUCCGGAAUGCGGUGAAAAAAGUGGGGAAACGAUUUGGACUCGAGAACACUAUCAUUGAAACUUUUGAAGGUAUCAGACUAUCAUUUCUUCAGCUAAAGUUUUGUUUAAAUCUUCAGAAAUUGCACUAAAAGAGCCAUUCUACAAUGCUUCCGACGAGGAGGUGGCUGAAAUCAAGAAGGACCACGCGAUGACCGUGAGCCAGUGGCUCCGAGGGCAGGCGUCGAGCGAGAAUCCAGCGUCGCAGGCGUUUGGAGCCCUACUUAUGUCGGUUCUGGAUAAAGACAUGAGUGCGGAUGUCUGUGGAGCCACUCCGUUCACUUUUUGUUUGUACACAGUCCUAAAAGGGACCGACAAUAUUUGAUGGUACUUUCAGACCAAUUCGUCGACUUUCUCAAGUUGAGCCGUCCGAAGUGGAAGAAGAAUCUGGAGAAGGACGAUGCCGAGGUCAAAAUUAUGCCGGAUAAAGACCGCGAGAAGCUCCGAUUCGUGACCUCGUUCGUCCAAGAGUCCAAGUACGGAUACACGUCGCGACAAAUCUACGAGAUCAACAUGACGCUCAGUUUUCCGGACAAGAGGGGCAAAAUAUUGUACACAAUAUCGUCGAUGUCUGUGAAAGGCGGAUGCACCGAGCACGGCACCGUCGAAAAGGACAAUAUUCCGUCGUGGAGCAUCGACACCGACGUCUGGACGACGUCGGAUGUCUACAAGUUUCUGCUGCUCUUCACUCCGAUCCCUUUCCGAGGUCAGCAUCAGGACCCGCACAAAAUCCCGAGUUUCUGGCUGAAAGGACUGGAAAUCGACGAGCACUUGAGCGUGACGGUGUGCAAUCCGAAGACGGGCAAUACGAGAAGGUACACGCGCGACGAGUUUCUCCGGUGGUACGAGUUGUUCGGCAAGUUGUGGCAUGCCAAGGAUGACAAGGUAAUCCGGCGGCGGGGAAUGUCUGUCCUUAGACCAUCUACUAGUUUUCAGAGGGAAUUCGCAGAUAUCCAGAGGGUCCAUCGAACUGAAGUCGAUGUGAUCGCUCGUGUCACCUAUCGAUUGGUGCCCGGGUUGGAUUGGGAUGGAAAGGCGAAGGAAGUGGACUGGAAUAUGCUGAUAACGGGAAAAUAUGUGAGUCGUGUCGUUGUCUCGUUCUUCUUCUUACAAUAUCCGUUUUUCGCUAGGACAUGCACGGCAACAGAGGUUGGUAUCCGAUCAAAGUGGAUGUGUCGUGUCCCCCUGGCAUAAACCUGCUCGAGGUGAACUACGAAGCCUACCGUAACAUCACCGGACUCACUCUCGUUUCCAUGAUCCCAUUCACGAAGAGGGUCUACCAAAAUAUUGGAUUCCUCGACUAUCUGAUCAAAAACGGUUCCCAGGUGGAAUUGUUGAAUUGCGAAGGAGAACGGAUGGACACAAUCAAAGAUCUGGAGAAGAAUUUCUGGGAUCCGAUGAGCAAUUAUAGUUCGACGAGUCUUGAGAGCGUUUCGAUGGAUACCGAAGAGGGACUCGCGCGAGAAGACACGUAUUUCACGAUGUACGUCGGAAUGCGCGCCUAUGACCGCAUUCCGCAGCGAUUCGAUGGAAGUGGCGAUCGGACGAGCAUCUUUGAGACCACGUGGCACUUUUACAUUUACUGGGACGAGGUGGACAUGUUCUACUACAUUAAGAGGAUCGAGUUUGGGUGUUUGGAUGUGCAGAGAGUGACACGACAAUUCGGAUGGCCGCUUCGGGGGUACAUUCGAUUUUGAGUUUUACAACCGAAUAAAACGUUUAAACUCUUGCUCGUCAAAUCGAAUCCCUAGUCCGCAAUCACCGAGCGAUGCACAGAUUUGGAGCUACAGUAACCCGGGAAACGUGUAGCUUGCCCCACUAACCUCCAACGAAAGUGACAGUUUCCAACAAAAAUGCAAAAGUUGUUUGCACCCGGCUCCAGAAUGUUCGUUCGUUCCCUCCUUCCACUUCUUCUCCUCCUCGGACACCUCGCCGACGCCCGCGCACUCGGAAAUGCGCUGAAAAGAGUGGGAAAACGAUUUGGACUGGAGGCGAAGUACGUCUCGAAACUCAGCGGUAAGCCCCCAAACAACACCACAAAAAACCCCUUCUAACUUUUUUUUUUUUCGAGAAUACGACCAACUGCGGGAGAACUAUCAGAACGCGACGGAUGAGCAGGUGGCCGAGAUCAAGAAGGAUCACGCGAUUCGGAUGAGCAUUUGGCUGCGGGGACAGGCGUCGGACAAGAAUCCCGACUGGCGGGUGUUCGAGGAGCAGUUGCUCGCCGUGCUGGACAAGGAUCUGAGCGCCGACAUUUGUGGAUCCACGGCCUAUGGUUAUGGUGAGAAGGCCGCCAACAUUAAAACGUCAACGACGACCGCCUCGUUUGCAGUCCAAUUCGUGUCCUACCUCAAAAACAACCGUCGAAAUUGGGAGGCGAGCCCGGAAAAGGACGAAUCGUCGUACGAGGUGAAGCCGUCCGGCAAGAACGUCAUUUCGAUGACGAGCUCGUUCAAACAACGCUCCAAAUACGGUUACUUUUCCACACAAGUCUAUCAGAUUCGAUGGAAGUUGACUGUGAGUUGAUGUUGGUUUAUAUGGUGCAUCGGCGGGGCUCAUAGGAUUUAAUAUGCAUCAAAUCUAGAUGUUUCCAGUUCCCGGAGGACCUGCCGCACGUCUACUACACGGUUUCCUCGAUAUCCGUGAUGGGCGGAUGUACGGAACACGGAGAAGUGGACCCGGCGCUCACGAACAUGAAAGACGUGCAAACGGAGGUGUGGAACAACACGAACGCCCAAAAGUUCUUCCUCCUCUUCACGCCCGGUCCCUAUCAAGGCACCGAGCAGAAAGCCGACCGGAUCCCCCAGUUUUGGCUGAAACGGCUCGACAAAAGUGGGCGUCUGAAAGCGAGCGUAUGCCGGGCGAAUGGGACCGGAGCGGGCGAGUACACGGAAGGUUAGACGGAGGGAAAAUUGACAUUUUUGAAUGGCCUGUUUUACAGACGAAUUCUUUCGAUGGUACCGCCGAUUCACACUGCUAUGGCACCCGAAACCCGCCAAGGACGGAAACUUUGUAACCUUUUUGUUGUUGUUGUGGUUUCCUUCUCAAUUAUUCUUGUUUCUGUUCAGACGACAGACUACGUGAAAAUCCAGACGCUCGAGCACACGCCUGCGAGAAUAAUCGCGCGGGUGACGAUGCAAUUGCAGCCGGGAGUCGACGAGAAGGCCGACGAGACCGAGUGGGAUUUCAAAGUGGUCGGCGAUUAUGUGAGUCCUAGAAAGUGUUUGUGAAAUCUUGACAUCUAGUACUGCGCUUUUGUAGUUGGCGACUUUUUUCUAGGACCAAUCCCUGGGGUACUGUAGUCCUGGGAAGUUGGCGCUCUUCCGAGAAGGCUCGAACUAAUCCCAACUUCCAAGAGCUACAGUACUCCAGGGAAUGGUCCUAGAAAAAUGUUGUCAACUACAAAAUCGUAGUACUAGAUGUCAAGAUUAUGCUCAAAAACGUUUAAAGUUCCAGAAUGUGUCCUAACGCUACAAUACCACUUUUUCCAGAACGUUCACGGCGACGAACUGUGGCACAUCUCGGAGGUGGAUGUGAUGUGUCCGCCGGCGUUAACCGGCACUCUCCAGCAACACAACUACGAAUCGUGUCGCGAUAUUGUGGCUGUCGGCUUCGCGUCGAUGGUUUCAAAUGAAAUGCAAUGGUCCACCGGGCUAGAGAUCCUCAAACACUUUAUAAACACCGCGACGAUUGAGGUGGAGAGUUGUGGCGCCAAAAUGGACAAUUUGAGUGCGUUUUUAAAGGUAUUUUGUUGGAAAGAACAACAUUUUUUAGACGAUCUGGAAAAGUAUUUAUGGCAGCAGGACGGUCCUUACAGUCAUAAAAUUAUUGUAGGUCAACCUAGUGUACCCAUUUUUUCAAUGUUUCGCAAUGACAGGGCUACACAAUAGCGAGAGAAGGCGGUUUGACGGCCGACGACGACACGCACUUCUCGAUGUUUGUGGGAAUGCGCGGAUGGAAGGACACUCCGAAGCUGGCCGCCCAUUUUGAGGGCGAAUGGAAACUGUUUGUGCAUUGGGUACGUUUGGAUUGUGGCGCCCAUCUUGCAAAUUUGUCUCUUCAGGACGAAAAAGAUCAAUUUUAUUAUAUUCGAAAACUCGAUUUCGCGUGUCCCAUCGAUUUGGUCAGACUUCACGAGUACGCGCCGAUUACGAGAAAUCAACUGGUUAUGAACAGAUUUGGCGUUUGA